AUGGGAGGCGAUAAUGCCCCCGGCGAUGUGGUGGCAGGCGCGGUGGAAGCAGCAAGACAUGGCGGCGUUCAGAUAAUGCUCGUGGGCGAUCCGGAGCCAGUACAAACCGAACUAGCAAGGUACGAUACCGAGCAAUUGCCAAUUAGUAUUAUUCCUUCCGAAGGUGUGUUGGUGGAGGGCGAACCACCGGCCUUAGCGUUGCGGCAAAAGCCUCGAGCAUCCAUUUUCGUAGCAACAGGGAUGGUGAAGCAGGGGCACGCCGACGCAUCCGUCUCAAUGGGUUCGACCGGCGGGGCGAUGGCGGCGGCGGCAGUUGUUCUCGGACUGUCGCAGGGGGUUGACCGUCCUGCUCUAGGCGGCCCGAUCCUUGGCGUCGCGCCUAAAACAUUCAUCAUCGACCUCGGUACAAAUGUUGAUUGCCGUCCGACACAGCUCCUUAGCUUUGCCGUAAUGGGCGAUGUGUUCGCGCGCCAAUUCUGGGCUGUCGAGCAGCCGAGAGUAGCGAUGCUCAGCGUGGGCGCGGAGGCUGGCAAGGGUAAUCGGCAGGUGCGCGAAACGACCGAACUGCUGAAAAAGAGCGGCCUAAAUUUCAUCGGCAACGUCGAGGGCGAUGACUUGGCAGCCGGCAAAGCCGAGGUGGUUGUCUGCGAUGGAUUCGUAGGCAAUAUAGUUAUGAAGCUUACGGAGGGCCUUGGGCGCGCGCUUUCCGGACACCUGAGAGAUACCCUUAGCGGCAAACUUUCUAGCGACGACCUCGAUACCGCGAGCAAUGAGCUGCACGACCUCAACAAUAUCGUGCAUACUUACGGCGGCGGGCCCAUAUUUGGCGUCAACGGAAUCAGCAUAGUCGGGCACGGGGCAGGCAACGCCUCGGCGGUGCGACGUGCUAUCGGCACUGCGAAGUAUAUGCACGACAUCGACUUCGUCCCAAAGCUGAACGAGGAGAUGGCGGAGGUGUACGCAAGGGUGCACGAGGGAGCGCCCUCAUAG